AUGAGUCAGUCUAAUGAUAAGUGGUCCUCUGAGACCUACUCAAAAGCUGCAGGCUUCGUCCCAAAGCUCACAACCACCGUACUCUCCUACCUCUCGCCAAAGCCAACCGACAAGAUCCUCGACAUUGGCUGCGGCGAUGGCNCCUUGACUGCCCAGAUCGCUGCCUCUCUAUCUCAAGGCCAGAUAUUCGGUCUCGACGCCUCGGCUUCCUUCAUCCAAACCGCCCAAGAGAAACACUCGAGCCAAAAUUGCACUUUCAAACUUCAAGAUUGCCGUCGUAUUGCGCAGUGUGCUGAAGCGGUAGACGGCAGUUGGGACAAAGUGUUUAGCAACGCCGCGCUACACUGGAUCCUACGCGAACCGAGCACCAGAGAUGCGGUAUUCAAGGACAUUCACUCGGCCCUAAAACCAGGCGGUGUGUUUGUGUUUGAGAUGGGAGGGAAAGGCAACGUGGAAGCUGUUCACGCCACCAUUCUUUCCGUUCUCGUCGCAAACGGGAUCGCUCUUUCCACUGCCAGAGAGGCCUGUCCUUGGUUCUUCCCCAGCGACGUGUGGAUGACCCAGCAAUUGCAACAAUCUGGCUUUGAAGUCGAAAAAUGUGAAUUGGAGUAUAGACCUACAAAAUGUACUGCCAAAUCUGCCGACGGGUCUGGUGGUUUGGAGGGGUGGGUCAAGUUGAUGGGUGCGGAGAUGUUGAAUGUGGUUGAGGAGAGCAAGCGGGCAGAUGUCGUCAAGCAAGUCUGUGAUAUCUUGGAGACUGUGGUGACGAGAGAAGAAGAUGGCAGUCAAUUCCUCAAUUAUGUUAGGCUUCGUGCUGUGGCUCGCAAGAUUUAG